UGUAUAUAUACACUUUGCCAGCGCUGUGCAGUGCUACUGUGCAACAGCUGACGUGUGCACAGCAGCGGGUGUCACACCAGUGGUGCAGAAGCCUUAAACCAGCAGCCAUGAGGACUGCGGUGCUUAUGUUAGCCUUCUUGUGGUGCGUCUCAGCCCAAGAUGAAUGCAACUCUCGCGAGAUGCAAGGUGGAAUCGUGUGCGUGUGUGACGCCUCCUACUGUGACCAGCCCGGCAUCAUUGACUUCCCUGAAGAAGGCAGCUUCACCGUCGUCACUUCCAAUCAGGAGGGUCUUAGGUUCAACGUGGAGACCUUUGCUGUCUCAGGCGAAGAAAUCCCAGGUGCUGUGGUGGUAACAGUGAACCCCGACGAUGUCUACCAGACGAUGCUAGGCUUCGGCGGCGCCUUCACCGACGCCGCGGGCCAGGGUGUGGUUACUCUCGCCCCCGAAGCCCAGGAGAACUUCCUCAGAUCCUACUUCAGUGCAGAGGGCAACGCGUACAGCAUCGGUCGCAUUCCUAUUGCUGGCGCCGACUGUUCCGCCAGGACCUACUCCUACGACGACGUGGAGGGAGAUAUUGACCUCGAACACUGGAGUCUGCAAGAGGAAGACUACAAUUAUAAGAUUCCCCUGCUCCUACGGGCUAUAGAGUUGUCACCACAGCCGCUAAAGCUGUUCGGCUCGCCCUGGGCGCCCCCGGCCUGGAUGAAGACCAAUGGCAUGUUCAACGGAUCUGGGAUACUUAUCAAAGAAAUGUGGCAACCUUAUGCUAACUACCUUGUUAAAUUCGUGGACGCGUACGAGGGUGAAGGAGUCGGCUUGUGGGGUCUCACUCCUCAGAACGAACCGCUUGGUGGCCUCGAUAAUUGGCCUAUCAACUGCUGUGGGUGGACGGCCGAGGAGAUGCGUGACUGGAUGAAGGGUAACCUGGGGCCGUCCCUUGAGGCUGCCGGGUAUCGUCGCCUACAGAUGAUGAUGGUUGACUUUAACAGAGACUCUCUGCCCUGGUUCGUAGAGACGUGUUUGGAGGACCCGGAGUGUGCCCAGUACGUGGACGGUACAGCAGUCCACUGGUACUCUGACUACAUAGUGGGUCCCGAGGUCCUGGACCAAACCCACGACCUCUCUCCAUCAAGGUUUAUACUCUACUCUGAGGCUUGUUACAACUUCGACGAAACUUUGCUUGGGUCAUGGUUUCGAGCUGAGGAUUACUCGCGCCACAUUUUCGAGGCCGUGAACCACUACUCAGCAGGCUGGGUGGACUGGAACCUGGCGCUGGACAGACAUGGAGGACCUAACUGGGCAAACAACUUCCUUGACGCACCCAUUAUCGUCGAUACAGAAGCAGGAGAGUUCUUCAAGCAGCCAAUGUUCUACGCUCUGGGACAUUUCAGCAAAUUCGUGUUGCCGGGAGCUGAGCGCAUCUCCUCCACGGUGUCAAGCGACUCCUUCGAGGUGGCCGCCUUCAUUGACCCCUCAGGUCGCUCCGUUGUUCUUCUUCUCAACAAAGGUGAGGAUGCAGUGGAUGUGUCCGUGACUGAUGGUACACGUUUCCUCAACUAUAAUAUGCCUGCCAAAUCCAUUCAGACCAUUCUGAACUAGUGAAGGAGUGUUGGGGAAAAGCCACGAGGUGCUGACCAUGAAGAGAGUAGGCGUUAGUAGUACAAAGGAUUACAUAGAAAUUCAAACAGCAACAUACCAUUAGAUCUAAACUAAGCUGUCUGUGUAUUGAAAGCUUAUGGUAAUACAAUGUAAGACGAGGUUUGAAGUAAAAUAGUUGUCAAUUCUGUUUUAAAUUGUAUACCCAGUGUUGCACUUAAUUAUAUAAUUUUGUUAGGUGUUCCGCAUGUUUACUAUUCAAUUAAAGAAAAGUAUUUUGCUUCUUUUAAUUAAAAAUGUUUGCCUGUAACUUUAAAGCCAUUGUUUCGACUGAUUAAGCUAUGUAAAUCAAUGUAUUUUUCUGGAACGAAAUUAUCAUCCCUUUAAUGAUUGUAAUUAACUGUAUUAA